GUACAAGUUAGAUAUGACUAUGGUUUACUAUUCAUAGUCUCCCUUCAAAGUAUGUUCACACGUCUGAUUACUAUAAAAAGGAGGUAGCUUUGGCUGUUGGUAGCACAGCGACGGUAGUUUUCAUACAUUUUACAAACUGUAGACGACAGCUGCCUGAUUAAUUGUCGAUUCAACAUGCGUCACUUCAUUCCGAUUGUCUGCAUUACAGCGUUGUUGCUGAGCGGUGUCUGCGAUGCGGAAAGCCCACCGGGACCUAUCACGCUCCCUCCCUUCUGUUCGAAGUUUACCCCUCCGACCUGCUCCCGAUUAUUCGCGCCUGUGUGUGCCACCACCGGAGAUACCUACUCAAACCUCUGCGUGAUGUGUACCGCGAUGUGGCGUGGGGAUCUGUCCCCUCUAACUUCGUACGUGGAGGGUCGUUGCUCGGACGAUCCUAACCUCCCUGGCCCUGGCCCACGAUAGAGUACAGGUCACCAUGUAUUCGACGAGGCUGGACACUAAUCUGACGGUUGAUAAGAUGGGUUUUCUUUAUUUAUUAAUGAUAUGCAAAUUAGCAUGUCUUUGAUCAAUCUCAGUCAAGCUUUAUUCUGUUGAUGGCGAGAUUUGUGUAUUCGUCGACAUCUUUUGUUUUUUUCUUUUAUUUUUUAAAUUAAAUUCAGUUUCAGUUUCAGGAUUUACGUUACCGUUACACGCAUGCUUGAAUGUUAGUAAUACAGGUAAUUGACCUAUCGCGGUAGAAUCGCGUUAGAAUCGCGUCAACGCAGCUUGUGAAAUAUUGUCAAAUUACACGAUUUACAAAUAAACACGGAACGCGCAAAAGUUAG